CCUGAAUAUCUAUCGAUUGAAAUGUACUGACAUGAGAUAAUUAUAGGCAUCUACGUAUAAACCUUAAUCAACAACAUUAAAAAAACACAACAAUUCAAUGUGGCAAUACUUUCUUGUACUGUACAAACAGCUAGCUCCGUUGAAUGACUAAGCCUUUGCGAUGACAGAAAAGACAGAGAACGCUGCGUCGUUGGAGAAGCAGGAACAGUCGCAGCAAUCACAAUUGGUUUCACAAUCCGUUCCAGCAGCAAAGAGUCUGAUUGCUAAUGUAAAGCGCGAAAAGAUUGACACCGAGAUCGAGGCAAAACUUAAGGCAUUAAAUGUCAAAGAGUCGUUGCAAAAUUCUUUAUCACAAGCAGUGCAUGGAUUAGAGAACGAUACCGGCAGCAGUAGCAACAGCAACGACAAUGGUUCAUCCCACGAUGAUAAAAAACAGAUAGAGCAUGUAAAGUCAUCUAAUGAAAUUCUAGCGGAGCUUUUUGGAGUCUUUAAUGUUGCACCACCUGAAGAACUAUUGGACGAUAAGAACUUACUGAAAAAAAACAAAAGAAUCAGAAGAGAAAAAAAUAAAAAGUCGCGCUAUAGUAAGAUAAGCAAGUCAGAUGAAGAGGUCUUCCACAGUGAAGGAGUUGUUAGCGAGGGUAAGCUUGAACACAAGCACAAGCGGAAAAAGCAUAAACACAAGCAUAAGGACAGCAAAGAGAAACAUAAGAAUAAAGAUCGUGAAAAGUCCGAUUACAAAAGCAAAGAUACAGAUAAUGAAAGUGAGGCUAAGGAACGCAAAGGUCGAGACCGAAAAAGAUCUGCACCUAUGGAGGCAUUCAAUAUAUCAUCGCCAGUUAAGAAGAAGACUCAAUCAGAUUUGAUAGAGUGUAGAAUAGGGCAGCGAAUUCACAAAAGCUUAUGCAGUGACAGGAACAAAGAAGAUGAAAGUACUCACACAAACAAGAAUAUCAAUGGCAGAGCAACAAGAGUGAAAAGGGAGCGUCGCCAGUCGGACGAACUUUCGCUCUCCGAUGAGGAAACGUAUCUUCGACAGAAGGCAAACGGUCGGCGCCUAUUUUACAAAGAUGACACAUCGAGCACCCGUCAGAGCUCUCACGCUAGGUAUCAGAACAACUUCAUCCAUCGCUCUCGCUCCCGUUCCAGAUCACGCGAUUUGGGAAUCGAUAAAAAGCGGCUACUAGAGAUUGCUCGCCGUAACGCUAUUAGUAUGUUUAAGCUUGGCAACAUGGCUGGCAUUUCUGAAAUGACGCCAGAAGUAAAAGACAAAGUGUUGCUCAAAAUGCGCUAUGGUGGCCGAACUGUGCAGGAUCUAACCGACUUUUGCAAAAAGAUCUCCAAUGGCGAAAUGCUUUCCGAUCUCAGCUCUGACGACGAUUCCGAUGUAGACAAAAACGGCAAUGCGAAAGCAUUUCACCAUCCUUUCCAACUAAAAGAGCGUGAGCCCAUCGUCAUGCACAUACGAAACUCGACACCGCUUUUGCCAUCCGCACGUCAAGAGGAUCAAGCCAAGGCGAUCACCAUGCAAUUUCCCGUCUCUUCCGGCCAAGUGCAUCGCAUGAACGAGGCAUGGGUUCCUGUAGAGAGCAAGAACCAGCUGGCACCACUGCCUUCACUUCCGCCCGCUAAGCAGGCGACAAACAUGUUCAAGGAUGUACAACGAAAUGUGUUUGCGAAGCUCAUACCACAGCAGCAGCAACAAGAGCCUGCCUUCAAGCCAGCUGGUGCGCCUUUGGACCCUUCGGCCGGAAUCGAAAGCAAUAGCUCAGCGUGCAGCAUUCCGUCCGUCAUAUCUGCGCCUAUGUCUGGGUCGGCUCCAGUUGCUGAGCCGCCGACGCCUACACUGCCGCUUGUUUUGCCUGAUCCAAGACCACUGUCUUUUGUGGCUGAAGUGCCGAUUCCAUCAAUAUCAGUGACUUCAUCAAGUGCUUCAAUUUUUCCGGAGGUACCAUCACCCGCUAUGGAUGUUUCUGCAAUAAUCACUCAACGGCUGAGUGCCAUACGACGUCUCCAGACUAAUCCAACCGACCCGGAGGCACUUAAAAUGAUGUACAAUGCUCAGAGAGACAUGACAUCAUGGGCAUCGUCCAAGCAUUUGCCUGGGCAGUUCACGGGCAGCACUGGUGCCCAGGUAAUGAAAGUGCACGAGUUGAACAGCGGUCCACAAUUGUGGGCCCGACGGGAUCAGCUCACAUCGACUAAGCCAGUUACUGGAGGCAUGGGCAUGGCGCUGCUUCAGAAAAUGGGUUGGAAGCCCGGUGAGGGCUUGGGACGUACCAAAACGGGCUCACUGCAACCGUUGCAACUGACUGUUAAGCUAGAUAAACGCGGCUUGGUGUCACGAGAGGACAGAAAGCAGCAAUCUGCCCGUCAAGCGACACAAUGGGGUCCUGGCGGAGGGCACAUAUUUAAAACAAAGAAGGAUAUUUACGAGAGUCAUGUUACCCUUAACACCCUUGACAAGCAUCCCGUAUGUGUCUUAAAUGAGUUGACAUCGAAAAAUAAGUGGACCCCACCACAGUAUACAUUGAAGGAAGAUUCUGGCCCCGCGCACAGUCGUUUAUUUCUCUUUUCCGUGGAGAUUAACGGCCAAGCCUAUACGCCACCUCAGGGAUGCAACACCAAGAAGGAGGCGAAGCUUAACGCGGCAAAAAUGUGCCUACAGUCAUUGGGCAUUCUGCCGCCCAUUUAGGGUAAAUGGUCGUGAUUUGGCCUUAUGCAGGACUUUUGAAUAUUUAACAGUUGUAUGGUUAGAUAGAAUAUGUAUGUAUAUGCAUAUAUGUAUGUAAGAUUGUGUAUAUAACUGGAAAUAAACUUACUUAGGUCAUAA